CGGUUGGGCAUCUAUUACUCAAUUAUCUGCAGGAGUCUUGAAUUCUUGAUUUUCACCUCAUCUGAGCUUUCGAUCAUUAAUUACUCGAAUGUAAUUUUUUUUUUUAAAAAAAAAGAAAGAGUCAAAUAUGAGAGCUAUAAAAGUAUUGUUUAUUGACUAAGACUAUCCAAAAUAUCUAUGAAUUUUUAAAUGGUUUUAUAGGGUCUUGGUCAGAUAGUUUUGUUUUUCUUCCUUACAAGCUUCUUGACCUGGUUCUAUGUUUGCAGUCGUUGAAACGCUUGGGGAAUCAAAGAGGGUACAAAGCAAUAUCAACUUCUUCCCCUUUAGAUUCUCAACUGUCAUUUGCUUUGCUUUCCUCUGCAAUUCAAAAUAUUCAGGGAAGAUGAGAGAAGAAACAACGAUGGCGCUAUUGGUUUUUCUGAUGAUGAUUAUGUUCACUUGGCCGAUGCGUUCAUCAGCGCAAGUAACAUCUUGUCCAUCCAGCUGUGGAAAUGUUGAAAUUCCAUUCCCUUUUGGGGUUGGAGCUUCUUGUUCUGUUGACGAUUACUGGUUCAAGAUUGAUUGCAAAGACAAUAAGCCAUUACUGGAAAGCAUUGACCUUGAAGUUUUGGAGAUUUCAUUAGAAGGUACAAUUCGAGUCAAUCAUCCGAUAUUCUCUGCGUGCCGUGACAGAACAUCCAGCAAUGUGAACUUGGAGGAGAGCCCAUUUUCCUUCAGCCAGAAUGCGACUAGAUUCACUGGAAUUGGCUGCAACAACCUUGCUUUCAUGAGUUCAAUAAACUCUGUCAUCGGUGGAUGCAUGUCUAUCUGCGACCAACGGAGUAGUUCUGACACUACUGAAGUAAAUGGUUGCUAUGGCAUCAAAUGCUGCCAAACUACAGUCCCUUCUUAUCUCAAGCUGUUCAAUGCAACUGUAAGUAGAAUUAACGAAAAUGAAUCUAAUGAUGGGUGCCAAUAUGCCUUCUUGGUAGAACAGGAAUGGUUCCAGCGGAACUUAAUGAAUCGCCAGGAAGCUCUCCAAAACAUGACGCACGUUCCUGCUGUUUUGGAUUGGGGGAUAUAUGACUAUGCAUUUAAUUUGUAUGCAAGGAACAAAUCAACUGCCUAUAAUGGUACCUCCAGCUGUGAGAUUUAUGUCGAUGCUCGCCUUACCAAUAAUAACAUUUCAAUCCUGCGAUGUUCCUGCAAUCAGGGUUAUCGAGGGAAUCCCUAUCUUCUGGAAGGCUGCCAAGAUAUUGAUGAAUGUAAAGAGGGAAAGUGCCCGCCACAUAUGGCCUGUGAAAAUUUUCCAGGAUUCUACUACUGCUAUGCAAAAAAUCCCAAGAAAAAUUAUCUGGUUACUGUUUUUUCAGUUGUUGGUGGAAUACUUGGACUUCUGCUGAUUCUUUUUGGAUCUUUGUGGUCAUACAAAGUAGUGAAGAAAAAAAGGAUAAUGAAACAAAAGGAGAAGUUCUUUAAGCAGAAUGGUGGAUUACUGCUACAGCAACAACUCUCUUCAGGCGAAGCCAAUGUCGAAAAGAUCAACAUGUUUAACUCGAAGGAGUUGGAGAAGGCGACGAAUUCCUUUAGCGUCGACAGAAUGCUUGGUCAAGGAGGGCAAGGAACCGUUUACAAAGGAAUGUUGGCAGACGGACGAAUUGUAGCAGUGAAGAAGUCCAAAGUAGUUGAUGAAGGACAAGUAGAUCAAUUCAUCAAUGAGGUUGUAAUUCUUUCACAAACUAGUCAUAGGAAUGUGGUUAGGCUAUUAGGUUGUUGCUUGGAGACUGAAGUUCCUUUAUUAGUCUACGAAUUCGUCCCCAACGGAACACUCUAUCAGUAUAUCCAUGACCAAAAUGAUGAGUUCCCGCUUACUUGGGAAAGGCGGCUACAAAUUGCGACAGAAGUUGCAGGGGCUCUCUCCUAUUUACAUUCGUCAGUAUCCUUGCCGAUUUACCAUCGAGAUAUUAAAUCUUCUAACAUUCUGUUAGAUGAUAAGUACAGAGCAAAAAUUGCAGAUUUUGGAACUUCAAGAACAGUAGCUCUUGAUCAAACACAUGUAACAACAAGAGUACAAGGCACAUUUGGAUAUUUAGAUCCAGAGUACUUCCAGUCCAAUCAAUUCACGGACAAGAGCGAUGUGUACAGCUUUGGAGUGGUGCUUGUUGAGCUCUUAACGGGGAAAAAAGCCGUCCAGUCGAUUCAAUCACAAGAGUACAAGAGUUUGGUGUCACUGUUCAUUCUUUCACUGGAGGAGAACAAUCUGUUCGACAUUCUUGAUGCUCAAGUAAUAAAACAAGGUCAGAAAGAGCAUAUAACAGCAGUUGCUGACCUUGCAAGAAGAUGCUUGUACCUAAAUGGCAAAAGACGUCCGACGAUGAAAGAGGUCACGAAGGAGCUGGAGGGGAUUCAAGCAAGCCAGAAUCCUUCUGGUGUUCCAAAUGAUUAUGAUGAGCGUCCGGUGGCCGAAAUGGUUGAGGUCUGGGAUAGUUUUCCUGCAUCAAUAACUUCUAGUCUGGAUAGUUCUGGUGUAGCCUCAUCAUCGGAAAAAUCACCAUUCCUAUUUACUACCUAGCUCUUAGAGAAGCAUUUGCGUAAGUAGAGAUUCGAUUCCUUAAACCAAUGUUUCGUUGUUGUUUUCCCAUUGAAAAAGUAGAAGGUAUCGGGAGUCUGCUGCAGACUGCAGUGUUUUGUUUUGUUUAAGCUUUGUAGACAAUUUAAAAAUAAAAAUUAUAGAGGUAUUGUAAUAAGCAAGGUUAUGAAAAUCGAAUCGGCCGGUCUGAUCGGUCGACCGGUAACUGGCCCAUUUGCCCGUUCUAUUUUGUGGCAUUUGAAUUGAAAUGAUAGAAAUCCUUGGUGGGCUAAGUUGAGUCUUUCGUCGAGGCCCAUGUUCUAAUCUGUUAGACGGUUACAGGGUUACUUCCUUCGAAUGCUUUUUGACUAAGGCCCAUCAACAAAGCCCACCAAGGCCCGGUUGAAUACUCUGUUCCGUUGCGGCUGAACUAAACGACUAGUCAGUUUACCGGUCAGUUGAGGGUUCGUACUUCUUCCUCUUCGCAGCCUCAAUGGCUAUCUCGAAAACGAAUUCCAAAAUUAUCUGGUUUGCGCCGAAAUCCUUGGAUUCCAGAGCCUCAGCGACGGUGAGAUGACUCGGUUCAUUUUCGCCUGCCAUUGCAAUUUUCGAAAACUCCUUCGGACUUGCUUCGCAGCAUAAAGAGUUCUGGAUCAAGUGUACUUACCUUGACAGCCUUCUAGAAGAUACGGAUUCCCCUUAGAGCCCUGGUGGCAAGAACAUUGAAUCAUUGUGGACUCAUUGUGAUACGUGGG